CCAAACCCCAAGAGCCAAUAUUAUCUCAUCCUCCACCCUUUUAUAAACCCCCCCAUUCUCUCCACUUUCCUACACCACCUUCGUCCUUCCGCUUUUCUUCUUCCCCAUUCUUAGUUGCUACUUUUCCCUGUUCUUCGGGUGCAUUCUCGUCCCUCGUGCUCCUUUUAGUUACCAACGACAAAGUUGAUAAUCUGCUUGGGAAGGACGCCCUUUUUCGUUUGUAAUUUGUAAAACAAGAAAGAUUCGGUCUGUGCUAUUUAUGCACACCAUUGGCAACUGCCAUCUGCCGUUCCACUCGUCCGAAGCCAUCUUCUUGCAUCAAGCGCCACCAUGUCAACGCCCCAGAGCGGCAGCGCGAGCCCAGCGACCACGGCGGCGGCGGCGGUAGAGACGAGCAAGCACUGGGCGCCGCACGGCCCGAUGCUGACGGCCUGCCUCGUCAGCAUCAACGUGCUAAUGAUAGUCCUCAUCUUCUUCUACUUCUGGCGGUUCUUCUCCGGGAAGCGAGGGCCGUCUACCCCCGGAGGUGCUGAUGAGGAGUCGUCAUCGACCGACUCGUCUCCGGCGACCUCGCCGAGAGCGUCCAGGCGACUGCGCGACCCCGAGCAGCCGGACAUCCCGUCUUCCCUGCCCGUGUCCGUGUUCGACUCCAGCAGCGAAGCCGCCGGGAAGGCGGCGGCCGACUGCGCGGUGUGCAUCGUGGAGUUCCGGGACGGCGACCUGGCGCGCCUCCUCCCUCGCUGCGGGCACCGGUUCCACGCCGCGUGCGUCGACGCGUGGCUGCAUCUACACUCCACGUGCCCGCUCUGCCGCGCCAGCGUGGUCGCCCCUGCGCCCGCCGCCGCCGAGCCCAAGAACGACCCAAAAGACGACGGCGCGGAGUGCCCGGUGUGAGGCGGAUCUGCGCGCGCCGGCGAGGCCGCGUGCUACCAAAGCCAAGCCAGAGGAGCACGUAAACGGCGGAAGGCGACACGCAUCUUUCGGCGUCGGUGUGUCGCUAUCCCUUAUCUGACUCCUGCGGGUCGGCGAGGUACGGUUGGCUUCGUUCCUCGUCUUUGGGUUUGUUGUGUUCUUGUUACUAUACGUAUCUCUCUGGCUCUCGUCAGUUUUGGUGAUCGGUGAGAUGCAUAUUUGAAUCGGAGUCUUCUUCUAUAUGAUGAUGAUGAUGUGCGUAUGAUUGGAAUUGUAAGAUUAGUAUUAGAUUAGGCUCGCGUGUGAUUGUGUGCGUGACAAAAUUAGUAGUGUAAGAUCAUAUACAUAUGUAAAUUAUUAAUGAAAAGGUUUGAUCGACA